AGCUCUGCGGCUGCAUUUCACAGGAAACCAAACCUAAACGGACCUAGGAGGAGGGUUCUGCUAAAGGACACUGCUGAACAUUGAGAAUAUUUCAACCCCCUGCCUCCUGGAUUACCUGCUCCUGGAGUUCUCCGUGAUGCCCUCACGGACCCCUCAUGCAAGGGACAUCUCAGCACAAGGCUUUUGGCACUCCCGACACUGUUCAGGCUGAGUUGAAGAUCCCUCUCCUUUGCCGGGUGCCAAGAAAGAUGAACAGACCGGGCAAUAGAAAAAUAGUCAAAGAAGGAUCCAGUGAUUUGAAAUUCCAGAACUUCGCUCUGCCGAAAAAUAGGUCAUGGCCCAGAAACAACAGUGCCACAGGACAGUACCAGACUAUUAAUGAGCCUCUUCUUGAUGGUGAAAGGAAUUCCAUAGCAGUUCUGGAUGCAGCAAAAGGCCACACAGAUGAUGACUAUGAAGACCCUGAGCUUCGCAUGGCAGAAGACCGGCAAUCAGUGAAAAUCUUACCAGCCAGGCCUAUUAAGGAAUCUGAAUAUGCAGAUACACGCUAUUUCAAGGGUAUGAUGGACACACCCCUGUCCUUAGAUUCCAAGACCUCUCUCCCCACAGAGAGGCAAACCUGGAUGAAGCUGGAAGAAGUGGAAAAACCCAUUUCCAAUGAUAUCAGAAACCAACAUGUUAAAGGAGACAAACCCACAAAGGGAAACAAGACUCCUUUACCACCUCCUCGGCCGCCCGUCAAGCUUCCGAAGAAGUACCAGCCCCUCCCCCCGGAGCCGCCGAGCAGCAGGCCGCCGUUCCCCCAGAGGCACACCUUCCCCGAAGCCCAGAGAGGGGCCAGACAGAUAAGCUUAAAGAACUUAAGUGAGGUCCUUGGAACAGAGAAAGUUCCUUAUCACCAGAUGAAGCCUGAAGCACCUCAUCUGCCACAAAACCAAAGUCCUCAAGAGAUUCCUUUUGCAGUUACCAGCUCUUCAUUCAUGACACGCAACCCGACCGUGCAAAACCGAGAUCAUAAAGAAAGCAUGCCAUCCUACGCUCCUCAGAGAUGUCAGUCUCCAGCCGGCUCUGGCCCUCAGGAAAAUCCACUACUUCAUAAAAUCACGAGCAGGAGGAAACCUUUCCCCACAAGGUCUGAUGGCAAGGAUGUCCAGCACAAUGAAUGGUACAUUGGAGAAUACAGUCGCCAGGCAGUGGAAGAGGCGUUAAUGAAGGAGAACAAGGAUGGCACCUUCUUGGUCCGAGAUUGCUCUGCAAAAUCCAGGGCGGAGCCCUACGUGCUGGCGGUGUUUUAUGGGAACAAAGUCUAUAAUGUGAAAAUCCGCUUCCUGGAGAGGAAUCAGCAGUUUGCCCUGGGGACAGGACUCAGAGGAGAUGAGAAGUUUGACUCGGUGGAAGCCAUCAUUGAACACUACAAGUAUUUUCCUAUUAUACUCAUUGACGGGAAAGAUAAAACUGGGACCCACAGAGAGCAGUGUUACCUGACUCAGGCCCUCCCCGUCAACAGACACUUCUCACCUAGGUAGCCUGGUCAUUGUUUCAUCUUCAGAUCCGUGGAUCCAGUGCCUCUAUCAUUUUUCCCUUUGUUUCAAAAAAGAUUAUUUUCUGUGGCUUCAAGGAAUGACUCCUUUGAUUUUGCAGAAAAGAAAAACAUUCUGCAAUGGAAACUGGAAAAUCAACAUGGUUUUGAAAGCUCAUACCACAGAAGAAAUAAGUAUAAGAUGCAAAAAUUUUAAAAAAACUGGUUUUUAAAAAAUAUCUUCCAAAGAACUACAAACAAGCUCAUUAUGCUCAUGUUACAGAUGAGCAGCCACAGUUUGAAGAAGCUAUCGCUUCAGGGUUUGCAACUGGUACUUGAUAAGUCUGGGUGAGAGUCCCCAAAUCUAUGAUCCUUCUAGUACCUGGUGCUGUCCUCUUGAUUUCAAAACUGUUUGGACUUGUGAAUUCAGAAUGUCUUUAUGACUCCUUAUGCUAAAGAUGUAGGUGAAUGUUAGCUCUCCUUUGUCUGUAAUUCUAGAAAUUUAAUUAUAGGGAAGGAUGUGAUAUGGAAAAACAGAUCACUUAUGAACACCACUUGAAGGACAGAAAUCAGAAAUGUUUUAAUAUGGUGUGAAAUGGCUUCCCGCAUAGCACGACAGAUAAAGAAUCCUCCUGCAGUGCAGGAGACAUGGGUUCAAUCCCUGGGUCAGGAAGAUCCCCUGGAGGAGGAAAGUGGCAACCCGCUCCAGUGUUCUUGCUUUGAGAAUUCCAUAAACAUAGGAACCUGGUAGGCUACAGUCCGUGGGGUCGCAAAGAGUUGGACACAGCUGAGUGACUGACUCAUAUGUGUAUGAAACAACCACAGUACCAUUACCAGCCUACUCUCUUUAGAGUAGCUUUAAGCCCAAUGGAAUUAACAAAUUCAUAGUAAGGGAGUAAGGGGAAGUCUGAGGGAAAGUAGAAUUUUUAUAAUUCCAAUUGCAGACUUCCAUUCAAAGGGAAAGAACUAUUCUCAAAUUAAUGCCAGUGUCUUACAGGAACUUUGUACGUAUCAUGAUAUAAUCCCCUCUGAGUACUAAAGGAUAUGGCAACCCACUCCAGUAUCCUUGCCUGGAGAAUCCCAGGGACAGGGGAGCCUGGUGGGCUGCCGUCUAUGGGGUUGCACAGAGUCGGACACGACUGAAGCGACUUAGCAGUAGCAGCAGCAAUACUAAAAGGAUUACAUUUCAUUCCUGUUUCAUAACACAGAUGAAGAAAUGGGCUCAAAGACGUCAUUGAUGUUACUCAAUAUAAGAGAGCCCAGAUUUUUAUUAUCGUUGUGCCUAGUUUCACCCAAGCAUAUCUCCCCAGGUACAUUCUCUGCCCUAGGCAAUUUUAUAAUCAGAGACAGGGACAAUUUGAAAAUGCAGAUUUACUCAUGUUAAAAUAUAUAAAUCAACUUUUGUAGCAGUGUAAAGUUUAUUUAAAAAAAGAAAAAAGUGGUGAUUGAAAUUAAUAGAACACCAUGAACUUCAAAUGUUUUCAAAGCCUACAUGUGAAAUACAUGGAAUAUUUAUGUAACUGCAGUUUAGCUUUAAUGCAGAAGUAAAGCCAGAAAGAAUGAGAAGGCAAGAGAUAUCAAAGGAAACAAUACAAGUGAUAUUUCCCGGGCAGCAUGGAAACAGACUCUGCAGAGAGGACACAGGCUUGGGGGCAGAAAUAAUCUUACCCUCACCCUGAAAAGCUAUUAAAAGAUUCCAGAUAACUGAUUCACUUCUUACUGGGGCCACGCCAUUCCAUGCUGUGUUCUCAAAAAAUGUUUCGGAGUCUCCUCAAGCAUUGUUGUUAAAGUCCAAGAACAUCAGAUGGUUGUUGCUAUUGUAUAGGCUUAUGUUUUUAAAAAUUGUUUAUUAUUUUUUAUUCAUAAAUGUAUGUGAUAAAGCUAAAAGGAAAAAGAAGAACCAUCUUAAAAUGCUCACAAUGCUUAUACAUAUGAAAAUUUCUGGAAAGAAAUAACUUUCUUAAUAGUGACAGAGGUUGCUUCAAGGGAGUGGGGUGGGGGGACCAUGCUAGUUGAGUCUUCCAGAACUCAGAGGCCAAGAUAGGAGUUAGAUGUGCAAACAUUAAUUGGAGAUAAUGACUAAGAUUGAGAGAAGGAACAGGGGUAGGUGGGAGAGACUUCAGGCUAUGAUGGAAGUCUGACACCUGUGAGAGGAUGAGGGAAGGAGAGAGGAAUGGGCAGAAAAAGCAUCAGAUUGAGAUGCAACUCUGGGAGGGGCUUGGUCAGCCCGUUGGCAAGAUCAGAGCAAAGACUGCCCACAGAGGACAGAGCCUGUGUUGUGCAGAAAUGGCCAUGUCUUAGUCAACACCAUGCUAAGUCAUGGGCAGAGGCUACCCAGGAAAACACGACCUUCACAUGCCCUGGGAGACCCAGAAGGUGCUAUCACUAGAGGCCAACAAAUAACUUUUUGAUCAGCAAGUUCUUUCAAGAGCAAUUCAAGGGGCUCACCUCCAUGCCUGCCACAGUGACAUUCUGAUGUUCAGUGUUGAUUGUAAUAAGGACAUUUUGCUUGUAAUAGAUUACUUAAGAAUAAGAAUAUAUAAAUGUCAAAGGUACUUUAUUCUUACAAUGGUUUGCAAAGAAGGUAAGGGCAGGUAUUCUUAUCCAUUUUAUAAUUAAGGAAACUAUGUCUCCUCGGCCAAAAUCUUAGAAUGACCUACUUGUGGCUAGAACCAAGUUCUUCAUACACAGUUUUCCUAUUCAGUGUCUAGAUAUUUGUUGGAUCAAUUGAAACUUCAAUGAUUUGGGCUUGGCAUGCCCAAAUUUCAAAGAGUUUUAAUCCCUUUUCAAUCAUUUUUUCAGUUGUUUAGUGUCACCUGAAAACUAACUUCAGUACAGCAGUAGAACUUUAGCUUUAUCUGAUCUUAGCAUCUAUUCAUUCAAGAUAUUUCUUUUUGAGUAAAUAAUUUCCAUUCUGGAUCAAUUUAUAUCUUCCUCAUAUUUAAUAAUAUCUUGUUAAAAGCACUUGUUUGUGUAUUGCAUGUAUAUUUGUUACUAGGCAUUCUUGUAGAUGUUGGAAUAACAGCAGUGAAUUAAGUGGGAGAAACAGACAAUAAAUAAGUAUACAAUGAAUAAGACAACCUUAAGUUAGUUUCCCAUUACUUUGAUGUGUUUUCUUGACACUUUUCACUAAGUGUUUGUGAGUGAGGCCGAUAUUAGAUAUUUUGAUGAAACUCAUUGACUUGGAUUUAAAAAGUAUUGAACCAGAAAUUUUUAAAAUUUCCCAGAGUUACAUGGAAAACUGCCCCUCUUGGUAUGUAAGUGUGAGUAACCUUGUAACCAUGUCAUAGAUUAACUCUUCUCCUCAAAUUAUGAUAAAGGAAUGAAAUUUUAACCCACUGUCAAAUUUAGUUCAUUGCUGGGUAUGUGUGUGUACACAUACAUUUUUUAUAAGAUAGUCUAUAAAAUAAAUGAUUGGCACAAUAUUUCUGUAUAGACUUGUCUAUCUUGAGUAAUAUUUGUUCUAGCCAAGCAUAUUUUCAGGGGUUUUUUUUUGCACAUUACAACUGGACUAAUUUAAAUGAAAGCAAAUAUGUAAUUAAACGUCAUGACUGUAACUGGGUAUGAAGUUCAAAAUAUAGUUUAAUUUUGUUUGAUUCAUGUUCUAUUAUCUCUCAAAGCCCUUUUGAAAUCGUAUUUAUAGUUAAUUUAUGAGAAAUUUUCUAGAACAAUUUUUGGCAUGCUAGAUUUGAGAGAUAAAGGUCAAAAAGACCUAAUCUCUGUGCUAGAGGGCUAAAAGCCUGGCAGGCAAGAUACACACGUAGUUAAAAUCAUGCAGUGCAGAAUAAUAGAUUUGGUCAUUGUCUCCCUUGAACCACCAUUGCACUGGUAAGCCUGGGUAUAAUCAAGGAAAACUGCCCAGGGGAGAUGUCCAAGCAGAGAGUUAAAAAAUGAUGGCCUAAACUGCAAGUUUUAGAAUUACAAAAACCUCAUCAGUUGAUUUUUGAGUAUUCUUGUCUUUGCUGUUUGUUGUUGUGCAGUCGCUCAGUCAUGUUGGACUCUUUGAGACCACAUGGACUGCAGCAUGCAAAGCUUCCUUGUCCUUCACCAUCUCCAGGAGUUUGCUCAAAUUCACGUCCAUCAGGUAGAUGAUGCCAUCCAACCACCUCAUCUUCCACCACCCACUUCUCCUCCUGCCCUCAAUCUU